AGCCUUUUCCAUCUCAUAUUUACGCCCACCGCUACAGAGAAACAACCAACUCGUCACUCACCAAUCAAAUAAGAAAAAUCCCAUCUCGCCGCUCAAGUUGUUUGCUUCCAUUUUGAACCUCAACCAUGGAGACUGUGGCCAACGCAGCAGCCGCCGCCGCAAACACUGUCCAGCGAGCCAUUUUCGGUAACAGAGCUGCACAUGAGGAGAGUAUUUCUCGUGACGGUGAUACCCAGCAUAUUGGCAGAAACACUGCGGGGGCUAACGCAGCCAUUGAUGAACCUCACCGCUCUCGCGAGACCGCAACCAACUCCAACCCUUUUCGCCAUUCCACAGGUGCACCAGAACCUGUCACCCCCUCCCCAUACAAUCAACGUGAUAAGGGCGGGCCGGGUGCCGGUCCUCCAGUUUAUAAUACCAAUUCCUCAGCUUUCAGCGAGCAUCUGCCCGAGGCCACAGACCAUAGCCCUCACAACACAGAUAAUGUCAGCACUCCCGGUGGGAAUGAUGCUUUGAAGGUCCAUCAUGGAGAUCUUGGGGACAGAAGCACUCGGGGAAAAACGGAGCUGAACACUGCUCUCGGGGAAACAGAGCCAAGAGGUCACGGCACGCACAGUCACUCGGCAUCACUAGGCGGGGCCGAGCCCAGAAGCAGGGAGGUCGGCAAUCAACCCUCUGGCUUGGGGAAGACUGAGCCUGGUAAGAUGGAGUUGGGAAGCAACGACCUCUCCACUGAUGGAGCUUCUUUCGGAAAGGGCGAGCAUAGCAGCACGGAUUUAGGAAAGACCGAAGGCAAACCGGAGUUUGGUAAAACUGAAUUUGCCGAGUCUGCGCAGGGCAAGACUGAACUUGGUAAUUUUUCCAACUAUUCAGCCAACCCCGAUCGUAAUACCGAUACAUCUGAUCCUCUCGCUAGCAAUCGCGGAAGAAAGGAGCCCGGAACCGGUCACGGAUCUAGAGCCUCCCACACACCUGACUUUGAUACUAGCCCUGACUCUGGGCUUAGUUCCGGUCUUACUGGCAAGUCCAGUUCUGCGAACGAGACCACCGGACAGUCACAUCUAUCUCAGCCUUCAACUGCUGCUUCAACCGCCAAUGCAGCUCCUGGAGGUGUGGCGGGAGUUAUUGGAGAUGGGCCGGGAGCAGCAGUCGAGCCUUCGGCCGGCGUUCACCCAAACUCCGGAGCUCGACCAACCCACAAACAACUGGGCGCUGACAAGCCCCUCGAGGAGCCCUAUAGUUCUGGCGAUGAUCCCAAUGCUGCUGCUUCCAAUGCGGGUGACCUGAAGCCCCUCGGCAGUGGCGUGAAGCUUGACAACGAAAGUCACGGCGAAGGAACCGGCGAAAAGUACGAGAGGUCCACUGGGCUAGCCGCUGAUGGUGGUGACUUUGAUGCUACCCGUCCUGGCGCUGGAAAGGAAGCAGAGUAAGUGGUUCAGCGUGUAUUCAAUUAGGAUUCAUUCUAAAGUUUCAAAAGCCGUCUUCUAGAAGAAAAGGGUAUUCAUAGAGCCGCGAAAGGUUCUACGAACCUAGAGGAGGAGAAGGCUAAGAAACGCCAUGGCGUCCAUCAAAAGGCCCCGGGUGAAUCUCAGGGACCUGAUGGUGAACAUAAGGGGCUCACGACAAAGAUCAAGGGUAGGUCGUCCUUUGCAUUGUAAGUUACUGCAGCCGAGGCAGCGCUAACGAUUUCCUCAGAGAAGCUUCACCUCGGCCACCAUUAAAUUAAUUGAACCUUUCGUUGGUGAAUAGGGGCGAUCGCUUGUUUUAUAUAUUUCUAAUGCCUUUUCCCUAUGUGCUUUUUCGGUUGUUAUUCCCACUGGUAACAUGUUGGUCGAGGUCUCGCUUUAGACAGGGUUUGAUGAGCGUUGUCUUGGAAGGAGCCGGAUUUGA